AAAGCUUUUAAAAUAGGCAUAAAUCUUGAAACUUGUAUGGAAAAUGAUUUGAGUUGAUUGGUUGUAUUUAAUCUGAAUGGUGCUAAGUGGAAUGUCAUGAAGUUUUGACCAGUUUUUAUCCACCUCCCCCACAGUCAAAAUAUUAACAUCUCUUUAUCACAUGUUGUCACCAAUGUGUAACAACCCUACUCCCUCUAGAUGUUUGAUGUUAUUUAUGGCAGCAACCAUGAAAUGCUUCUUUGGUCAUCCUGAAGUGAAUAUAUAUUAGCUUGCAAUUUGUUAGUAUUGUUAAUACCAUUAAAGUUUUUCUUCCUAAAUAUUUAUUUCAGCUUACUUUGUUUUUUGUUAAGAAUUCAGUAAUAGCCAAAAACAAAUUUUAACCCUGUAUUUUUUAUUUCAACAGGUAUAUCCAUAAGUUUAGUAAGUAGAAAAUCCUCCAAUUAUAAACCAGAAAUCAGUUGCAAUGGGUAAGGAAAGAAAUAAUCAUUUAACAAAAGUAACUGUCAUCUUUCUGGCAUGGAUGUGUAUAAUCACAGAGUGCAAAAUUGAGAAUCAAAGUAAGUAGGUUUAGAAAUUUUUUUUAAAAAUUUGGAAAUAAAGAAACCAUUGAUGAUAACAUUGUUUGUAAAAAAAAAAAAAAAAAAAUAAUAAAAAAUAAAUGUCAUCUUUCUGGGAUGGAUGUGUAUAAACACAGAGUGCAAAAAUGAGAAUCAAAGUAAGAAAGGUUAGAAAUUUUUUUUAAAAAUUUGGAAAAAAAGAAACCAUUGAUGAUAACAUUGUUUGUAAAAAAAAAAAAAAAAGAAUAAUCAGAGUUGAAUGCCUCAUUUACACUCUUAUUAUUUAAAAUAUUUUAUACCGUAAAUAAAAGAGUAGAAAUAUUUGAGGAUCAUAAUAGUAUGCAUCUCUUGAUGUGUCAGACUCCUUUAACUAUCAUAUUGCUCAAUUCCCAUUGAUUUUUUAUAUGUUUCAAAUUCUGAUAUGCUCAAAUAUUAUUCCUCCUAUAAUUAGUUUAUGGGUUUUUGUUUUUGUAUAUUAAUUAUUACUAUAUUUAUAACAGUGUUUCAUAACCUGAUCAUGGGCUGCUAGUUGCUAUUUUAUUUUAAGAGAUGUGAAGGAAUUUUGAUUAUAAGAACAGAGGAGCAAUUGACUUUUAAGUCAUGAAAUACAUUAGAAAUUUUUUUUUUUUUAAAUUUCUUCAUUAACAUUUUUAUGUAAUAAGUGACUUUUUUUUUUUAAGUUCUAAAUUUUCUUUGUAUUUUAAUAAAAUAUUUAAAAAUCAAAUUUUUUUUUCAAUUUUAAAAUACAUUGUUUUCUUUUUAGCGGGUGCCAGACACAGUAAAAAAAUUGGUAGGGAGUGUGAUACUAGAGAAAAAUUUGUAGAUAGUAUAUAGAGUAUAGAAAAGUUUUGGAAACACUGCUUCACACUAUGUUAAAAUGUGCGUUAUUAAUGUUAAAGUCAUCCAAUUUAAUUCCUUCAGAGUCAUCUGGAGAAUCUAAAGAUUCAAUUGGCAAUUCAAAUGAGCAGUCAAAAGUAGAAAAUAAAGAAUCACAAACAUUCCAACCGCAGGAACAUGCACCUACACCCUUUCAUCCACAAACUUCUGACAAUGCUCCCAUUCAGCAACCUUCUGCUCAUCAUGGUGACACCCCAGUGCCCCACCAAUCUGCUCAAAUAAAUGAUGAACAUCUGACUCAAAAACAAGAUGUUCUUCAAAAACCUAACCAUGAUGCUAAAGAAAUAAACAGCCAAGAAGCCGGGGUCUCUGAUUCUAAAACAGAAACUCAACAAAGCAGCCAAGAGACCCAUCGAACUACAAAUGUGGGUGAACAACAGAUAAACAAUCAAAGAAAUGUCAAGUUUGAAAGCGAGUCUAUCAAUAGCAAAGCUGACAGACUAGAAACGAUUGUUGAUAGUACAGACCCACAGGUCAUCCAGAGGGAUCCUUUUGAGCAUUCCAAUGUGGAGCCUUCUGUCACUCCACAAGAGCUGCCUUCCCAAGAAAAUCCACUGGGUAAUGCACCAUCUAAUGAAGCUGCCCAUGAAGAGCAACAACCUUCUGCUAAUCAGCCCCCUGCUAAAGCCAUUGAUUCUCAAGUUACGCCUCCCAUCUUGCUGGAAGUUGAUGAAGAGGAGGAUGAAAAAGUAGAGGAGCAAGACGAAGGAGAGCUUAGUCAAGAGGAGAUAGAAGGUUUGUGUCACAGUCCUGUUGUUUAAAAUGCAAGGUGAUAUCCUUUAUGAAUCCAAUCAUCUUUAUGACAUUCCUUGUAACUCUAGAAGAUACCUUUUUCUCAAUCAAUGGAUCACAGAUAUAACUUAACAGUUAGUCAACAUUUCUCUUACUUUUGAUCCUUGUGCUAGUCUACAGCCAUUUAACUUUCACAAUGUUUAUCAGCACAUUUCAAUAUCAGAGAAGACAACUGAAUUGAAAACACAGCCUUUAGUCUUGCAUGGGUCCAAGAGGGUGGGGCUCACCAUACCUUUCUACGUGAAUGAAUUAUGUCCAUAGUCCUUAAGAGCAUUAUAUAACCUUUACCAUCUGAUAAUGUUUUCCACAGUUCUCUUAAAAUAAUCGAAAUUAAGAGUAUAUUGAGUGAGUCGAAGUUGUUCAAAACUGUAUGUAACAACUAUUUAUAUUAUUUGGAAUUGUUAUGAUCUAACCUUAAACUAAUUAUAAUAAAAAAUGUAUAUUGUUUUAAUAAUGAAAUUAAAACUUCACAACCCUACAUUUGCACCAAGCAAUGUUUUUAAAGCUAUUUGAUACAGUACCCCGACAAUUUUUUUUCACUAUGCAGGUCAAUUUCACAAUUACUAUUAUAGUUAUAGUUCAUCAAAGCCAUUAUAGCUAAUUAUAUCCAGUUUGAACCAUUUAAAUAUUCUUUUCCUUGUCAACUUCCAAAAUUUAAUGAAACUUCUAUAGAAUUUUACUGAUAUUAACUAAUUCCAAAUAAAGCUGUAAUUUUAAGUUACUGAUUUAUUUAUCUAGCUAUGACUAAGUCUAUCAAUCCAGCAAUACCAUAGAAAAUGGUUAUUCUUUUCUUCUUUGUUUAGCUGAGAUAGUGUUUCAAGCUGGAGAGAAGCUCAUCAAUGCCACCUACUACAAAGAGUAUAAAGAGUAAGUUGCUUUUAAGCUUGUAUUUAAAAGAUAACAAUCUAUUUCUUCUGUUUAAAAGUCAUAAUACAUUUUGUGGGGCUAUGAACAAUUGUGCACACAGACUUUGCUGUUCUGACCAUUCCAGACAGUGAGAUUCAUUGAGUUGUUUUAGUUUUCUACUUUUAUAUUCCUCAGCUGCAACAUAGUGUGGCCUGCUGGCAUCAUUUUAAAUCUUUUUAUGGAAAAAAAGAAACGGUCAUAAAAUUAUCUGUGUUGAGGACAUUCUUUAUUCUAUUGUUAAAUGGAAUAAAUAUGUUUCAAUUCUAUGACGUCUUAUGUCAGACUCUAGCCCAUUUUAGGAGUCAUUAAAAAAUAUCUCAGCCCUAGAUUGUACAUUUUCUAUAUAGAUUUAAAUAUCAGUGUUAAAGUUGAUUAUAUUUUUUGGGGGCAGUACCCAUUCUAAUUUCGUUUACCUCAUAUACCAGUUCCUCAUCUAUGUUUAUAGGAUAUGUUAAACAAUUAACCCUAGUUAACAAAAAAUAGAUAGAUACAAAUUUUAAUAUAUUGAUUUUUUUUCCCUGGCAGGGCUUACCUCUACUUUUUGAAAGCAGCAGAGAUGAACCAUAAGAAAGCAAAAGAAUAUGUUGCUUUUGGUUACUUGUUUGGUGACUACCUGCCUCAGAAUGUGACAAAAGCAGCUGAGAUGUUUGUGGAGCUGGCUGAUAAGGGUUCACCUAAAGCGCAGAUGGUAAGCAUUUGCCAUGAGCUUUCAUUAUUUCAGGACAUUAUCUUUGAUAAUGAAAUAGUGGUCAGUUUGCAUUUUAAAAUUUUACCCAGCAACAUCUGUUUACCUUUGAAGGGUGUUUCAAUAGGCUGAUAAACUUUAUAGUAUCAUUUAGAGGCCUUAGUUUUUUUAUGUGUAAUGUAGCCUAUCUUGUGAUAAAAAUUUUGUAAACAAGUAAUAAUGUAAAACUUGCUGCGGAGAAUUUUACAAUUGUAUGAACAAAAUUAUUACUCUCCUAUGGAACUAAUUUCUUCAUUUUCACUUUAAAAACAGGGUCUAUCAUUUAUGUACAGUGCUGGCUUUCAUUACAAUUCUAGUCAAGCUAAGGUAACUUAGAUAAGUUAGGAAGUUAAGUUCCUUAAGCUGAACAAUAUACAAUUUCUAAUGCUUUAACACUGCCAAUAUGUAAUAAGUAGAAUAUGAAAUUUAUUUAUUCUUUCUGUCAAACUAUUUUGUUUAAUUGGACUUGCUAACCUACUUAACGUGCUAUAUCUAAAAAAAUAAAUACUUGUGUACCUUUGAAAUAAAAUUUUAUUAGUAGAAAUACAAGAAUAUUAUAUAAUGGCUUUAUUCUGCAACAAAAAGAGGCAUACAGUAAUCCUCAAUUAUUACAUAAAUAUUAUAUUUUUACACUAAACAUAAAAGUUGCAGUCAGUGUAUAUUUUCCUGGUAAUUAAAUGGGUUUAGUAAAUGCGCAAUCAUUGUUUUGAAACUAUUUUUUAACCAUUUGUUGAUCCCUAAUAAAGAGUUCUCUGGUAUUUAGAACUGAGCAAAAAUUAACUGCUACUUAUCUUUAGUCUUCGGCAACAUGACUUAACAACUAUUUCUUUACAGGCCUUGAUUUUUUCUACAUUUGGUGCUUUGGGAGGUGACCCACUUGCCCAAAUGGCUUUGGUAAGACAUUUCAACAUUACUCAUCAAGAAGUAUCACUUAAUUUAUAUUUGGUAUCUUUAGACAAAGGAAAUGAACCGUGCAUUCUAUAUUAUUACAGAAUAUAAAUUGCAUAAAUUAUAAAAGUAAUUUCUCACCAUUGUGUCAUUUUCAUCUUCCUUUUUUAAUUUUAUUAAUUUGCAUGUGCAACAAUGACCAUCAUGACAUGUUUUAGACUGCAUUUAGACUCUUUAUAGUUAAAACAUGGUGCAUGAAAUCCUGAAUUCAUAAGACAGAGACAGUUCUCUAUGUUCUUGCUGCUACACCUCACCAUUUAAGAAAUGAAAUCUGUCCCAACUAACUAAUGCAGUGAAUUAAAGUCUCAAUAAAUUAAUUAUUUGGUUUUAUUUAUAUUUUAUUUCAUAUUCAACGAGACCUAAACUAAGCAGAAUUCUUCAUGUGUAUUAUAGUCUAUGUAUUUAGCAGACAGUCAAAUAUAGGUGUCAAAUAUACGUUUCAUAAAAGGAAAGUAAGAAACUUCUGUGGCAUUUAAUCUUAUGUUAAUGCCUAAAAUCCUCAGGGAUACCGUUACUAUGCUGGCAUUGGUGUGGAGUCAAAGUGUGAGACGGCAUUGACAUAUUACAGAAAAGUGGCUUCUAAAGGUUAGAAAGGAACUUUUUUUUUUUUUCAUUUUUAUGAAUUUGGCUAGGACUUUGCUGCACAGUAGUAUUUCUUUGUUAUAUUAAAAUCUUUCAUUACUUUGACAUAAGCUUUGUUUAGAAUAGUUUUAUGAUUUAUAGCAGGCCUGCACAAUAUACGGCCCGCGCGCCGCAUGUGGCCCGCGAGGUAACGAAAAAUUAUUUAUUCUUAUUAUUUUCUUAAUAGCUUUCACCAUGACCUAUAUUCUUUUGGCCCACACAAGUCCUGUCUUAUUUUCUUUUUGUCCGCACAAGUUCUUCAUAAUAUAUUAUGGCCCGCCUUACAUUUUCAUUUGUGCAGGCCUGAUUUAUAGUAUAUUACUUUUCCCAUCUCUGAGCCAAAAUUUCUCAAGAUUCUGCUAAUCCUAUGAAGCUGAAAUUCAACACACUGUAAAGUUUAUCUCUGAAAGUUUGAUAGAUCUUACAUAUAACAAAAAUAAAUUAUAAUUUGUUAAAAUUAUUAAAGUUACCUUACUAUUAUAUCUUAUAGUUGCUGACUCGGUUACCCUAGCUGGUGGACCUGUUGUACAGAGAAUUCGGCUACAGGAGGAGGCAGAAAGUCAGGGAACGAAUAACAGUCCUUUAUUAGAUGAUGAUCUGUUGCAGUAUUACCACUUCCUGGCAGACAAGGGAGAUCAGCAAGCACAAGUAUUAUUAAAAAUUUAAUAUCCCUUUUUAUGUCAUAACAAAAGCCAUGGGCAUCUGGAAACGAGAAGGAUGAUUUUAAAAAAUAAAUAUCUUAGUGAAGUUGUUCACAAUUUCAAAAAAUGGCAGAGAAGAGGUACCAUGGUUUAGUAUAACAGGCUUUAAAAGUUAGAUCUGUUGAAGAAAACACAAUAUUUUAAUUCCAAAGGUUAAAUUGUAGUUCACGUUUUAAUAAAUUAUAUGCAUCUUAAUGAGAACUAAUAAGUCCCUGAUAUGGCUAAGAGAAUUCUCUGAAUGGCUGGGUUUUUUUUCAUUAGUGAAAUAAUUUACUGUGGAUGUCUCAUGUUCAAAUUUAUUUAUUAAUGUGCUAAAAAUGUGCAAUGCAAUAAAAAAACAUUUCCAAUUGUUUGAAUCAAUAAAAAAAUCUUAUCUUAUCUCGAGAUCAAAUAUAAUUUUACAAAGAUUUUUUUUAAUCACGUCUCAUACCCUCAUGCUUGUCUUUGUUCCUUUCAGGUUGUAUUAGGCACUUUGUAUUAUCAAGGUGGAAAAGGUGUGCAAAUAAACCAUGAAGUAAGCUAAUGCACCACUGACAUAAAGAGAAAGAUAUAACGUUUAAGUUAAAACUUUUUCAUGUGAUGAAAUAUUGUUACUUAGACUUUUCAAAGUAAAAUUAAACUUAUCAAAGUAAAAUUUUCAUAAAAUUAAUAUUAAACAAUGCUCAAGCAAUAUGUUGCGAUCCACAGCAAUGUUUUCUAUUUUAUUUUGUGAACCAGUCUUGAAUUCAUUCAACCUCUUUAUAACCCAAAUCUUGCUGCAGAGACUGUUAGAGAACAAAAAUGUAACUCUUAUACCUUUGAGACAUCCAUGUAGAUAUGUUUAGACAGGAGUGUUGGUUUGGCAUAAAUUAUUAUAGUUGUAAAAAUUAUUGUUUUAAACGACAAUUUUUUUUUCCUCCUCAGCAAGCAUAUCACUAUUUCUCUACAGCAGCCGAGUCAGGAAGUGGACAUGCUUUAGGUUAUUUGGGAAAGGUGAGAAUUUUAUCUAUUUCAUGUUUCUUUGAGCUGUUCCAAAGCACAAUGGGAGGGUUGGCUGUUUAAAAACUUGGUCACAUUUUUUAAAACUUACAUUUUGGAACAAUGUCAAAGUUUUAAAAUUUAGAUUAAAAUAUGUGACAGAGAAAGUUAACGUCAGAAUGUAAAUGAAAGGAAUUAAGCAUAAUUUCAUCAUGAGCAGAAUGUUUAACCAUAGUCAUAGAUUAAACUUACAAGUCAAAUUAUUUUGUUUGAAAAUAAAUGACAAGAUCCUUUUUUUAAAUCAAGAAUUUAAUUUCGUAGCUAUGUACCGGUACCCAAAAUAUUGUGACUCUUUCAUUUUAAAAAGUUAGUGUCAAUAAAAUUAUCUCACCAAAACCAUUUUGAACCCACUUUAUUAUUUUAUCUCCAGUAAUUAAUAUUUCAUAUUGCUUUUAAAUUUGGUGAGGAAUAAUUGUAUAAAAAAAGACAUUUAAUUCUAUUACCUUCAUAAAAUUUAGAUUAGUGUACAUAAGUCUCUUAAAAACCCUAUUUAUUUGUAAUAAGUUUACAAUUAAAAUCAAGACGUUAUUCAAAACUAUUCAUUCAGCUUGAGUAACAAACAAGAUAAAUAUGAUUAUAACACCAUUCACUGUGUUCUUUUUUAAGAUUCCAUGUAUUUCAUUCCCUAGAUGCACUCUGAGGGCAGUCCAGUUGUCAAACAAAGUAACAUGACAGCAUUUGAAUAUUUUAAGAAAUCGGCUGACAAGGUAUAGUAUUAUCUCAUAUUCCCAUAGCUAUGUUUUUGUAUGUACCAAUGACAACCGGCAAGGGUUGCCUAGUUUAUUAAACAUGUAAAAAAAAUCAAAUCUGGAAAUAUGUAUAAACAUUAACAUUUGUUAGACGGUACUGUAAGCUGACAUUACUGCAGUCUUGAGUAAAAAUGUAAUCUAAAAUAUUUAUUUUUAUUUAGAACAAUCAUGUUGGUCAAGCUGGCUUAGGUAUGAUGUAUUUGAAUGGACUAGGUGUUGAGAAGGAUGCUCACAAGGCAUUUCGUUAUUUCUCCUUGGCUUCUGACCAGGGCUCUGUUGACGGUCAGUUGCAGCUGGGCAUCAUGUACUUCAGUAAGUUAAAUAAGUUUUUCUUAUGGUAGCAUAUCACCUUAGGCAUACAUAAUAUGUUAUAUUAGUUUCAAUGUUCAUUGUCUUGUACAGUAGAAACACAUAUCAAAUAAAAUAUAUCUUGUUGCAGAUGGAAAUGGAGUUCGCAAAGAUUAUAAAAUGGCUGUAAAGUAUUUUACAAUGGCAUCACAAAAUGGUCAUGUCCUGGCAUUUUACAAUCUGGCACAGAUGCAUGCUACUGGUACUGGUGUCCUCAGAAACUGUCAUACAGCUGUCGAGGUAAUUGAUAUAUUUAAUUUGAAUCCUCAGAAAGUGGUUUGCUGGAGAUUUGUGUAAUAAAUGAAAUAAAGCUCACUUGAACCUGAAACAGUUGUUUGUAGAGCAGCAAUUUUGUCAAAAUAAUAUUUUUCAAAAUUAUUCGUUUUGGAUCUGAGGAAAAAAAAUUAUAUUUUUGCUAUCAUUCAAUCUUUUAUUUUAAAAAAUGAAAUUGGAUGUUUCAAACAUCAAGCUCUUUAUGCAACUCCAGUGAGAAAUAAUGAUCUAGAUAAAUUUAUAACACUAGAGAGUGUACACCUCAGUUUAACAACAAGAUGAUAUUGAAAUGUGCUGAAAAUAUUCAAUAAAAAACUUUCUGUGACAUUAGCAGUGUUGGAUUUAUUCACUUUUUUAUUUCACUUUGUCAACAGCUCUUCAAGAAUGUUGCUGAAAGGGGGCGUUGGUCAGAAAUGAUGAUGGAUGCCCACCGUAUGUACCAUGAAGGCAAUGUUGAUACAGCAUUAAUCAAAUAUAUGUUCUUGGCAGAAUUGGGAUAUGAGGUUGCCCAAUCCAAUGUUGCUUAUGUUUUAGACAAUGGUAGGUCUUUUGUUAUUUGAUAGAAGUGAACUUGAACGAACAAACAAUUUUAAAUAAAAUAUUUUUCAGUUAAAUAAGUCAAGUUUUAAUUAUCAACAUUAAGGAGAAUUUCAUUAUUUAGCAUUUUAGAUAUGAAGCCAAAAACACAGCACGUGUUAAGUUAAAUUAUAACCGAGUGCCAUGACAUAAAAGAGAACAAGAAGCAUCCACACAAGGAUUUUUUAUUGCUCAUAACAUUCUUAAAUUGAUUUAUACAAUGUUGAUAAAAACAAUUUUUAAAUGUUCUAAUUUUCACACUUUUACAAAGCUUUAUUUCAAAACUUUUCAAAAAUUGUUUAUAUCUGGUGAUACUAUUGGUGUAUGUAGCAGAUUUAAAGCGAUCAUAUUUUAAUAAUAAUCUAGUUGUCAUCAAAUUAAGUUAGGUACAUAUAUCUUUACAUUCUGACCUGAAGCAUGGAUGUACCAGUGUCAGUGAGAGUUGCCUUUAAAGUAUUUAUUAUUAGUGUAAUUAGUGUAAUUCUCCAUUAAUUAUUCUAAAUAUUUUCAGUUUUUUUAUGUAAGGAUUUUCUCCAUAAAUUAUUUAAGGAUUGUCUGUUGUCUAGGGUAUCAAAUUAUGAUUGUGCUGGCAGAAUUGUGUAUAUUUUUUCUAUGAUAUGACUAUUUUCAAACCAGGAGCUACCAGCAGGUUUAGCAAGCAUGAAACUUACCAGAGAGCUUUGUUACAAUACUCAAGAGCAGCCUCACAAGGUAGUUUUAAUAUAUUUUAUGGAAGAAGUUGAACCAUAAUUUUGUUAAAAAACCACUGAAUCACAGAACCACUGAAGAUUCUCUUCCCCCCCCCCCCCCCACACACNAAAAUUCUCUUCCCCCCCCCCCCCCACACACACACAACCUGAUACCUCUCCCUUACUUUCACUCUGGAACCUUUAGCUCACUUGCUUUCUGCUCCCCUACCCCCAUCCCUUUUCCCAACCCUGAUAAUGACUGUCAAUCUGCAUUGCUUUUCUAAAUGUUUGCAACACUAAAUCGAAGUUUCUGUUUACAAGCAAUAAUUCAACAAAACUUCACAAACUCAUGAAAUUUGUGUAAUUAUUUUUUUUUCCUUGCCAGAAUCUUUGGUGACAUUCUGGAAUGCACAAUUUCUAUUUACUUUCAAACAUCCAUCCAAAAGGUUGUUGAUCUUACCAGCCUCAACACUUUCUUUAAUAACACUUUCAUUUAUUAAAAAAUAGGCCAACUUUUGUUUUCUUAAUGUUUGCACUUAUUCAUAUUCCAAAAUAAUUUUUGUUUUUCCUGGCAUUGUUUAGUAAUGUUAGUAUUGUUAACUUUAAAAUGCACUUGUGAUGCAUGAAAGUAUUAAAAAGCUAGUUUUCCCAUUGGCGUUGGUUAACAUUGGAUCAACUCUAAAAAAUUAUUUCACAUUAAGCAUUAGGUAAAAUGUUUGUCUUGAGCUUAGAUAUUUCACACUCUGCCCUUAGGAAUGUAGGAAUUAUUUCUUUAUUGAGCUGUCAUUAAAUGCUGAGGUAAUCAUCAGUACAUUUUUUUUACAUGCUGAAUGUAUAAUAAAUAAAGUUGAAUUGUAUUGAAUUUUAGGGUGAUAACUUAAAUAGUGUUUUGAAGUACAAAAACUAUAUUACAUAGACAUAAGUUAAAACACAAGUUUGUGGAAAAUUGCAGCAGAUAACUCUUAAAAAGUAUUUGUGUCAAUCUAUCUUUCAGGCUCAACUUAUGCAAGACUGAAAAUGGGAGACUAUCAUUACUAUGGUCUUGGUACAGAGAUAGAUUAUGAGUCAGCAGCCUCUCAUUAUCGAUUGGCAUCAGAGCAACAGCACAAUGCUCAAGCCAUGUUUAAUUUAGGAUAUAUGCAUGAGAAAGGAUUGGGGCUGAAACAGGUUAGUUGAAAAAGUUAGUUUUUUAAAAAAAAAAAAAACUUUUCACCAGCAAUAGUUUGAAGAAACUUGAUUUUUUUUUUUAAAUAUACUUUGCAUAUUCCUACAUCUAAAUUGUAGACUUUGGUAGUGAUAUGCUGUUUGAAAUAUCUAUUUUUAAAUAAAACCAAAAACAGGUUAUAUGUAUGGGGCUGAAACAGGUUAGUUAAAAAAGUUAGUUUUUUAAAAAAAAAAAAAAACUUUUCACCAGCAAUAGUUUGAAGAAACUUGAUUUUUUUUUUUAAAUAUACUUUGCAUAUUCCUACAUCUAAAUUGUAGACUUUGGUAGUGAUAUGCUGUUUGAAAUAUUUAUUUUUAAAUAAAACCAAAAACAGGUUAUAUGUUUAUUAUAAAAAUAUAAUUAAAAAUUAAACCAGGGCUUAACUGGGGGCAGGUUUUUUUUUACACUGAGUCAGGUUUUUUUUUUUAGAAAGCUAUAUGAGUCCAAGUGUUACAAAAACAAGUUAACUUCUCAUUUUCUAUAAUAUAUGCCGGCCAUUAAACAAUAGGCCUAUAGACAAUCCUACACCCUAAACAAUAGUCCUACACCUGACCUGUCGGCCUUUAAGCAGUAGGCCUACAGACAGUCCAACAUCAUACCUGUGGCUCUUCAUUGAUUAAUAAAAAAUUCAGCCUGCUUACCAGAGUUCAUCCGGUCAUGCAUGAUGCUCACAGCUGGACAGUUUGUUUUUUUAUCACUCAGGACUAUUAAUAUAAAACCUGUUGAGUAGGGGUAGGGCUGGUUGUGAAAAGGAAGCAGCCACGUCAGAAGUAAAAGGGAUACUUGUCAUCACUUGCUUUACUAUAAGAAUAUAAAGAAAACUAAUUUUAUUCAUACAUGUAGCUAGAGAUGUGAAAGUGAUCUUACUUUUAUGAAAAUAUUUAUUAUUUCCCCAACAGGAUGUCCAUCUGGCAAAGCGUUUUUAUGACAUGGCUUCUGAAACCAGUCUUGAUGCGCAUGUGCCUGUAACCCUAGCUCUGCUUAAACUUGGACUAUUGUAUGGCAUGGAUGUUUUCAAUAAAGAGGUAUUUCUAAAUUCAGCAAAAUCUUCUGCUGUGCUACUUUCAAGUUAAGCAAAUGAUCUCAUAAUGACAGCUCAUUUAAUUAAACUUCAAGGUGUCGUAAUUUUAGAUAAAAUAUUUCUACAUUAUACAUUAUUUAUUGUAGUAUUUGUGUUCCAAAAUUGUAUUUUUUUUGUUUUGAAUUUUUUAAAACAAAAAUAAGCAAAGAAUUUGAUUUAUUACGUUGUCCAAACUCUUUUCUUUGAUUAUUGCGUUAUAAGUUUUAAAACCAUGAUUUUUUCCCCCCUUUCGUUUUUUAGCAUUGCCCAAGUUCCGAUUUACUUUGAAUUGGGUUUUGUUGGGUGUUGGUUUUUUUUCAUCAGUUAAAGUAUUUUUUAUAAAAUUUUGUUAUAGAUGGUAAAGUUGGGAAAUUUUUCAGAUACGAGUACAUUAUAAUCAUAUAUUUUUAAAUUUCUCAUUUGCCUCAUGAUAACAGCAACCUAGAAAGUAGUUUUUUCAGGGUAGAAGUAGAGUCAACUCAAGACAUUUGUAAUUAGUUUGAUAUAGACAUGCAACGGAAAAUUUAAAAUGUGCUAGUAUGAAUUCCUAUAAAUAAAAAGGGUUUUUGUUGUUUUCCUCAGUUUGAAGGAGUGUCGGGUAUUUUUGGAAUGAUGGAUCCAGUGACAUACUUCGGCCCAGAGUGGGAUCUUUAUUUAGCAUCACUUCUAGCAGUACUUUUUGCCAUUUUAUAUUUUGUGAGAAGAGCGAGAUAACAUCCAUUAACAAAGUUUAUCCACCGUUUGUUAAUUUAAAUCCAUUAAAAAUUACUCAUUGGUUGUAAUAAUGACAGAGGAUUUAUGUUGCAGGCAUUGAUAUAAUGCAGCAGUUUUGCAUUAACUUGUUUUAUCCUGCUGAACCAAGGUUUAUUCCAUUUUUAUCUGGAUUUAUGUAUUGCAGUCCCAUCAUCAUGAAAUGUAUUAAAAUUUAAGACCUUUAUUAUAACUACUAACUGCAAAACAAUAAGUUAUAAGUAUCUGAGAAUGAAAAACUUUUUUGCAAGUUUUCAGAUUUUAGCCUUUAAAAUUUUAAUUUGUAGUUUAUAAUAUUAACUGUAUAGAAAUAGAAACUUGUACUCAUCAUUUUUUUGUCAGGGUGUGCUGAUAAGUACUUCACAUAAACUAUAAAAAUGCUUUUAGCUUAUGAUAAUGUGUUAUAUAAAUUGAUAUGUGAAUUAAAAACAGUGUUCAUAUACUUUUUUAUAUCUAUAUUCAAAUGUUAAACCUCAGGGUGACACUUAUUAACUAUUACUACAAAAUGAAUUUGCUUGGCCUUAAAAUUUUUAAAAUUUCAUCAAAUAUGCAUUGUUUGCAAGCACUCAAGUAGAAUAAUCAAUAAUCCAUUAACAAAAUUUAAGGUCUUUAAAGAAAAAUCUAAAGUUGUAAAGGAUAAUACAAAUACAUAAGAUAAUGCCUUCAUUUGGGUCUCACACAUCACAGAAACUGAGAAAUCACAUGCCCAUAAUAUUGGUUAAAAGCAUUGAAUCUUUACAUGAAAGCAAGUUAUCUUUGCUACUAAACAUUACAACAAUGACUAAGGUCUCGAUACAAAUAUGCUGACUAUUACUAUUAGCCUUUCAUUACUACAUCACUUUUCUCCUUUCAUGGGCUAAAUGGUUUUCAACAGCAAAGUUUUGGUUAAUUGUUUUGAAAUUAAUAUAUCAGGUGCCUAAUUUUAUGUUGAAAAUCUUUCAAACAAAGCUCUCAUUGCAGAUUAAUUAUUUUUUUUAAAACUAAUACUGAUUAAUAACCAAACUAUGAAUUACAUAUGAAGAUUUGUUUGUGAUGGUAGUGAUAUGUAAAUAUUUAAGAAUACUUCCAUUUACAAUUUGGAUGUUGUAUUGCAUACAUUGGAUACACUAAUUAUGCAGUGCAGUGGAACCUCUCAUAACGAGCACCUCGCAUAACGAGCACAAAAAAAUGUGAAGAAGUUGCUCCCUUAACGAGCGAUAUUUCGCAUAACGAGCUACGCAGAAAGGGGAAGUCCCUUUUUCUUGACAUUCAUUUGUGAGCCGGGGCUUCUGCGCCGAUGCAUUUGUCCAGCGGUUCUCAAUCUGUCGGUCGUGACCCCUUUGGGGGUAGCGCGGCCUUUUCCCAGGGGUCGCCUUAGACUAUCUGAAAACACAUAUUCUUACAGCUAUGAAGUAGCGACGAAAAUAAUUAGGUAGCUGGGGGGUCGCCAAGACAUGAGAAACUGUAUUAAAGGGUCGCGGCACUAGGAAGGUUGAGAACCAUUGCAUUAGUCUGUGUUUAGCACUCAGUCUGUUAGCGUUUUGUUUUCGUGUGUGAUCACCAGUUUUUACAAAUUUUGUGUUCAGACAGUAUUUGUAAUUUUUUUAUGUGCAAAGUGAAAUAACCUAUGCUAAAAUGUCUUCGAAAAAAACCCACAAGAAGACUAUCAUAAAAGAGAAAAAAUAACUGUUGAAAUGAAACGUAAAAUCAUUGAAACGCGAGAACAAGGUGUGAGCGUGGCUAUUCGUGCUACAAAGUUAUUCAGUGAUAAUGCUGUGACACAUUUUCGUCAAAUUUUGAAGCGUCGGCAAAAACAAAUGUCUUUAGAAAGUUAAUUAUUUUAAAAAGUUAAUUAGAUUAAUUAUUUGUCAUAAAUUCAUAUUUUUAUUUACGUUUUUUGUUUCAAAUCUAAAUUGUAUUCCAAGUUUUUACACUCCUUAACAAUUCAUAAGUAAUUUUAUUUGAAUAAAUGUUAAUAAAAAUUUUUGAAAAAUUUGUAUUUUUUCAGCAUGGAACGCAUUAUGGUAUUUUAAAUUGAUUUAUAUGGGAAAAAUUGUUUCGUUUAACGAGUGUUUCGCUUAACGAGUAAGAGUCUGGAACGAAUUAAACUCGUUAUGAGAGGUUCCACUGUAUAUUUAAAUUAUGCUUAACCCUCAAAAGUUUCUUUCUUUCUUUUUCCAAAAAAUCUCAUCUUGAAAGAUGUUCCUUCACAUUAAAUGAUGUAUGCUCCCAGCUUAGAUAAUUGUUAAGAUGUUUUGUAAUGAAAGUAAGUUAUGUGGUGUGAUAUUUAAGAUUAAUGAUAUGUACCCUCAUAAUUCUGUAAUUUUUGUGGAUGAAAGUUUUGUGAUUCAAUAUUUUUAUUGUCUGAUGUAUUUCUAAGUCUAACUGGGAUGGGACAUUGUUUUUCAAACUUUUCUUUCACCUUCAGUAAUGCUCCAAACAAUGCUGAGAAGUUUGUAAAAACUGAACCUAUAGACUGUAGCUAUUAUUUAGGGUAGCACAUUUUAAAAGGAAGCUGUUUAGAGUUAGAGCGUUGCAUUUACUCAUGACUUUAUUUGUGAUAAAAACUUUAAAAAGAAAUGAAAUAAAAAUAAAACAAUUUUUA